CAUCUAGAGAAUAUAUUUUCAAAGAAAGUGACUACGGUAUCUUUUCUGUUCUCUUCGGGGAGCUCGUUGCAGGAUGUUAAAGAGUGUUUGGAGAUCAAUUUGGAGGUCUGAAUACCUUCUACGUACCGUGCCUCUUUGAGGAAAUAGAUUACUUACGAAACUGCACAAUUCCAUCAAAUAUAUUAAUUAUGAGAGUUCCAUAAAAACUAAUGAAAAGCUUGUCCAGUAAUAAGAAUUUAUAAAAAAUGCCAGUUGGUGUGUUUCCAGUUCUUAAAUUGUCUGUGCUUUUCAUCAAGCAGAUCAGCAAACCUUUGGCUAAAUUUCUUGUUAAUCAAGCAAAGAAUCAUCCAGUUUUUAGAACUUAUAUUAUUGUACCACCUGCUCAGUUGUAUCACUGGGCGGAGGUAAAAGCAAAAAUGUACAUUAUGAAUAUUGGUAAGCCAACAAAAGUAGCAAAAUUAAAUGAAGCUAUGGCAAUUGACUUAGGUGCUAGUUUGAUGAGUGAGGUAAUUAUUUUUGGUGUGGCUGGUGGAUGUUUAAUACUAGAAUACAACAGACAGACAAUAAAGGAGGCUAAGAAAGAAGAAGUUAGACAAAUGCAGUUACAAAAGUUCACAGAUGACAUACAGGCAUUAUAUAGUACCUCAUUGCAACAAGAAGCCCGUAUUCAAUAUUUACAGAGUGCAAUUAAUGAAUUAGCAAACCAUACAAAGCAUAAAUUACAAACGCCUGAACCAGUAUUACAAGUAAACAAUAAUGAUAAUUUGAAUGACAGUAAUAAUGAGAAUCUUAGUAAAAACAACAAAAAUAGGAUGGAAGCAGAUACAGAGAAUAAGAGUAGAUCACUCAUAGAACGUGCUAUAAUGUACUACGAUAAAGAUUUGAAAACAGAUAAAUUAAGUUAGUAGAUACUUAUAUUUUGUGUAUGUAUAUAUAUA